GGCACCGCGCGGCUCCGCUGCUCGGGACGGCGCGGGGGGAACAGGGCGCGUUUACGGGAAAAGGCGUUUACGGUCCGUGCGGACUUCGGCCCGGCUGCCGGCGGGGCGGCUCCUCCCCGCGGAGCCACAGGCAACCCCCGGCUGCUCCCCGCGGCUCCGCGUCCCCGGCUGUUCCCGCACGGCCCGUCGUGCUCCGCCCCCGCGGCCUCGCAUAAAAGCCGGCCGGGAUCCGGCACCUCCUGCGCUCCGUUCCGUCAGGAGUCGGAGCGGUCGGCGCCGCUUCCCGCGGACGAACGGCGCCCGAUCCCAUCGCUGCGUGACCGCGGUCGCUCUCUCGUUCUCCGUGCAGCCCCGGCACAGCUCGCCUCGGCCGGCCCACGCGCAGCAGCGAUGCACAGCGCCGAGCCCUUCCGGCAGGCGGAGCCGAGGGGCCGCUGGAUGCGGAACGACGAAGGGCAGCCGGAGCUGCGGCUGCUGCUCGUCGGGAAGAGCGGUGGAGGGAGGAGCGCGACGGGGAACAGCAUCCUGGGGCGGGCGGCCUUCGAGUCGCGGCUGUCCACGCGCGCGGUGACGCUGAGGAGCGAGCGGCAGAGCGGCUCGUGGAGGGGUUACCGCGUGCACGUGGUGGACACGCCGGACGCCUUCGACUCGCCGGAGCGCAGCGCCCGGUGCCGCCGCGAGGUCGCCCGCUGCGCGCUGCUGUCGGCGCCGGGGCCGCACGCGCUGCUGCUGGUGACGCAGCUGGGCCGCUUCACGCAGGAGGACGAGGCGGCCGUCCGGCAAGUGUGGCGGCUGUUCGGGCCCGGCGCCGCCGAGCGCACCGUCGUGGUUUUCACGCGCGGGGACGAGCUGACGGGCGGCUCCCUGCGGCGGCACGUGGAGGACACCGGCACCGCCGCGCUGCGGGAGCUGCUGUGGGACUGCGGGGGACGGUGCUGCGCCUUCGACAACCGGGCGGUCGGGGGGGCGGGAGAGGAGCGGGUCGGGGAGCUGCUGGAGACGGUGCUGCGCAUGCUGGGGGGAGACCUGAGCGCCUACUACCGGAACGAGCUCUUCGACGGCGCCGUGCGGCUCCUGAAGCGCCGGGACAUCGACUUCGAGAAGAAAUGCGAUCUCCUGGCCGAGGACGUGGAGCGGCAGCUGCGGGGCCGGUGGCACACGCGGCUCCUGGAGUGGCUGCGGUCCAUCCCGGCCGUGCGGUGGCUGUGCCGCACGCCGUGUGCGCGGUGCUUCUGCUGCUGCUGCUCCGGCGUCCUUGCAGCGCUGCUGGCCCUCUGGCGCGCCCUGCGGUCUGUGCUCUCAUGGGGCUGGCAGAGCGUUAUCUCGGUGUACCGCCGCUUUGUGCGUUAGCCAGCAGAGCUGUGCCGUGCUGCCUUUCCCUGGGAGGCACACUGCAGCGCUGGCCCAUAAAACACGAAGCUGCUUUUCCUCCCAACAGCGCUGCAGCUCCGUGCGGGCUGCGCACCUCGGUGUGAAUACAGCGUCACAAAGUGCGA